CCCGCGGGGCCUGCAGUGCGCAGAGGACGCCGCCGGAGCAUGUACCGGCUCCUGAGCUCGACUUUGGGCCGUGGCCUCUUGCGGGCCGCCGGACGGCGGUGCCAGACCUGCUCCGCGCGCCUGUGCCCGGAGCCGGCAGGAGGCCGGGCGCCCGACGUGGGGGCGCCGCCAGCCCGAGUCGCGCCGCACGCCCGGCGUCCGGGCCUGCUGCCGCUGCUAGCAGUGCUUGCUUGGUUUUCGAGAUCCGCUGCGGCAGAAGAGGAGGAGCGGCAGGGAGCGGGCGGGGCCGCCGCAGAGGACGCGGCGGACGAGACCGAGGCGGAGAUCAUCCAGCUGCUGAAACGGGCCAAGUUGAGCAUCAUGAAAGAUGAGCCUGAAGAAGCUGAGCAUAUUUUGCAUGAUGCUCUUCGUCUUGCCUAUCAGAGUGAUAACAAGAAGGCCAUCACUUACACUUAUGAUUUGAUGGCCAACUUAGCAUUUAUACGGGGUCAGCUUGAAAAUGCAGAAAAACUUUUUAAAGCAACAAUGAGUUACCUUCUUGGCAGUGGUAUGCAGCAGGAGGACAAUGCAAUAAUUGAAAUCUCUCUAAAGCUGGCUAGUAUCUAUGCUGCUCAGAAUAGACAAGAAUUUGCUCUUGCUGGCUAUGAAUUCUGCGUUUCAACUCUUGAGGGAAAAAUUGAAAGAGAAAAGGAAUUAGCAGAAGACAUUUUGUCAGUGGAUGAGAAAGCCAAUACCCACCUCCUCCUUGGCAUGUGCUUAGAUGCCUAUGCUCGCUACCUUCUGUUUUCCAAGCAGCCAUCACAGGCACAGAGGAUGUACGAAAAAGCUUUACAAAUUUCUGAAGAAAUACUAGGAGAAAGACACCCACAGACCAUUGUGCUGAUGAGUGAUCUGGCCACUACCUUGGAUGCACAGGGCCGCUUUGAUGAGGCCUGUGUUUAUGUGCAGAAAGCAUCUGACCUGGCAAGACAGAUAGAACAUCCCGAACUACACAUGCUGCUCAGUAACCUAGCUGCAAUUCUGAUGCACAGAGAACGAUAUGCACAAGCAAAGGAGAUCUACCAGGAAGCACUGAAGCAAGCAGAGCUGAAGAGAGAUGAGGUUUCUAUACAGCACAUCAGGGAAGAGUUGGCUGAGUUAUCAAGAAAAAGUACUUUAACUUAAUUAUGUCAAACUGUAAACCCCUUUUUUGUUGAAAGGCAUUUCUAGUAAUAGCUAUUCUAGUGUCAGUAGCCCUCAAAUCAGUGACUUAAAUCCUUUUGUCUUUAAUGUUCAAGUUUCUUCACCUUAGACUGCCACUUUUAAAGGAAAAACAACUUUCACUCCCAGCUUAUUUUGCCUUCUAAGGACAAAUUUGUCAAGUGACGCUUUUCAUUUGUGAUGUACGUUCUGUGCUGGUCUAGAUAUAUAGGUCUAUAAGUAUAUAGAUUAAGAAGGGGCCAGUUUUCCCUUGGAGUGGGUGUAUGGUAAUUCAGCCAGGAGUCUCUACCAUGAGAUUUUGGUCCACUGAUUUGCUACCUUCUUUUUUCUUAUUUUUUCAAUAUCUGGAAGACCAGAGCUACCUGUCUCAUGACAAAGGGGGAUUAUGGUGAGUUACUUUUCUUAUAAUUAUUUAAUGAAACCCACUAUGAUAUUAAUGCAUAAAAGAAGAACAGUAAUAUCUUACUUUGCCUGCUGCAUAAAAUUUUAAGUGAAAAUUACUCACUUGAAAGGGGAGUACUCAUUUAAAAGUCACUUGUACAUAUAUGGUUAUGUACAACUAUGUCGUCAAUUCUGUCUGAGCACUCAACUUCCUUUGCAACCUAGGGAGAGUAAGUCAUGUGAGGAGCUCUUUAUAGAUACAUAUACCCAGAUUCUACUUCAAAUCUUUUGACUUAUGGAUAGUAGGGCCCUACAAAUAUAUUUAAUGCUUCUCUAUUAAGUCUGUUAGGUACUGUUGAUUCAGAAGAGUUAAUGACCUGGAUCCUAGUUCUUGUUUUUUGAGUUUGGGUCUCAUUAUCCUCAUCUAUAAAAUUAAGGAACAAAUGGGAAAAGUUACUUGGUCAGAUGACUAAGUGAAUACACUGCCUCAAAGAAUAUAAAUAUAAGGUACAUAGGUGGAUGUUCUUACCUCAGCCGUCUUGCAACUUUUCAGAUACUGUGAAGGAACAUUGUUAUGGUUGAUAUGCCUUUGGGGGCUUUAAGUGGGACUGACAGUUCUGGCUCCUGUGUACAUAUUGGAAGAAUCCUUUCAUAAUAAACUAGAGACUAUAACAACA